AUUUGAAGCGAACAUUUGGGUUUUUCUUUUGGUCGUCGGAGGAGUCUCUAUAAAACGGCUCUCCACUCUGCUUCGUUUGAAAUCAGAUCUCAUCGGUCAAGGUGCCAAUCAGGUUUUGUGUUAGGUUUACUGAGAGAUAUCACUAAAGACUUCUGUAUUUGAGAAUGAGUCGGCCAAUGGAAGAAGAUACUACAAAGAAUGAGGAAGAGGAAUUUAACACUGGACCGCUGUCUGUUUUGAUGAUGAGUGUCAAAAAUAACACUCAGGUUCUUAUCAACUGUCGCAACAACAAAAAGCUUCUCGGCCGAGUGAGAGCAUUCGAUCGCCACUGCAACAUGGUUCUGGAAAAUGUCAGGGAAAUGUGGACUGAGGUACCGAAGACCGGGAAAGGCAAGAAAAAGGCACUACCAGUUAACAAGGACAGAUUCAUCAGUAAGAUGUUCCUUAGGGGAGAUUCUGUUAUAAUUGUUCUAAGAAAUCCCAAGUAAAUUUGGUGCUCUUAUGUUAUGAAACUUUUGUAGUGUUUAUGUAUUCAACCAGGGAAAUGCUAUUUAAACCACCAACGGCACUGCAUUUGAUUUGCUCAAAGUACUGUAUCUAUGAGUAGUAGUUUGGUUUGUAAAUUUACUGAUUAUAUUUACUUUUAUAGAAACUCUAUGCAGACUUAUUUUGAUAA